UAUGGGUGAAACAGACAAGAGGGAUUAAGAGAUACAAACUUCUAGUUAUAAAAUAAGUCACGGGGUGAAAAGUACAGCUUAGGGAAUGUGGUCAAGAUUGUCAUUGCAUAGUUUGGGGACAGAUGGGGGCCACACUUAUCACCGGGAGCACUGAGUAAGGUACAGAACUGUCCAAUCACUAUGUUGUACACCUGAAACUAACAUGUAUGUUAAUUGCACCUCAAUUUAAAAAAAGAGGGGAGGGAGCCUUUGUUACCUAGGACCCUCCAGGAGGAAGACAAAGGCACACACAGGCCUCCAGCUCCUGUGUUAAUGUUCCGGGUGAGUUUUUCAAAGCCCCGCUCAGAAGGGAAACAAAGCUGGGCAGGGCGCCAGGCCCUUGCUCUUCCAGAAACCACAGGGCAAGGUGACCAGAGGCCUGUGCACCCCUCCCCACGCUGCCUCUCAGCCAGGAGACAGGCCCCUUGGCUUUGCCACGGGCUCCCCACUUCCCCCACCUCACCACAAGACAUCCUGUUGCGGCCAGAGAAGGUAGCGGAAUCUGGGGUGUAGAGAGACCCGCCUGUUCCACCAGGGUGUGAAGCAAGGCCCUCCCCGCUGCCCGGCCCCAGCAGAUAAAGGGGGCCUGGGCCAGCCACGAGCUCCUAGCCGUGCCUGCGUGCCUCACCUGCCAUGUCCGCCCCCUGUGCGCUGCUCACCUGGGCCCUCCUGGCUCUCUUCGGCCUCGGGCUCGGGGUGCCUGGAGAAGACCUCCCAUGCUCCUGCUGCCCCAUAGUGCCCCGGAGAGAGUGGAAGGCCCCGGCAUCCAAGUGCGUGGAUAAGUUGAAACUGCCCGCACGCUACGUGGUGGUGUCGCACACGGCCGGCAGCCCCUGCGACAGCCCGGCCUUGUGCCUGAACCAGGUCCAGAAUGUGCACAACUACCACGCGGGGAUGCUGAACUGGUGUGACGUGGGCUACAACUUCCUGAUUGGAGAAGAUGGACUCGUGUAUGAAGGCCGGGGCUGGGACACCAAGGGCGACCACACAGGAAAGAUCUGGAACCCUAUCUCCAUUGGCAUCUCCUUCAUGGGUAACUAUAUGGAGCGUUCACCUCCACCCCGGGCCCUCAGGGCGGCCCAGAGUCUGCUGGCUUGCGGUGUGGCUCAGGGAAAGCUGAGCCCCAGCUAUGAGGUCAAAGGACACCGGGAUGUGCAGCGGACACUCUCUCCGGGUGACCAACUCUAUGAGAUCGUCCGGACUUGGCCACACUACCACGAGUGAGACCCUGUCUACCUCCUCCACACCCAGAAACCCCACCACCGACCCUCCAAUAAAGGUGCAGCU